UCUGAUAGGUUUGGACAUGGUCCAUUGAUGACACCUCAACAAAUCUCGCAACAAUCCAAAUCAAACACUCAUUCAAAUCAAAUUCAAAAUGAACUCAAGCGGAAACAAUCUCUUAAUUCAAGUCUACCUGAAAUCUCUAAGAAGACACGUAUAAUUGAGAUUGAUAAUUCAGAUAAUCAGAACAGUGAUGUAGAAAAGCCUGAUCAGUCAAGAACAAAGAUAGAAUCGAAUCAAGUAAACCCAAUGAUGAACCAGAUACGUCAACCACAGACUACGGUAAAUCGGAAUCCUCAUCCUAAUGUAGGCUCAUCUUCUCACAACAAACCAAUGAAUCCUCCACGUGCACCAAUGCCUGCAAAGAAAAAUCCAGUCAACCUGUUCAUCAAACAAAAAAAACCCACUCGAAUCUCAGCACCUAGAGAAGGAGAUGAAUUAGAUACUCGUACUACAAAAGAAAGAAUAGCAGAUGAAAUGAAAACUUUAAGAAGACCUAAAUAAUGAAAAUAAUGAGAAGAUAUCUUUAUGUGUGUGUAAAGUUUUGAACUAAUUUACGAAAAACAUUGAUUUUUAAUCGUUUCACUUUCACAUUUCAACUUUUUUCUUUCUUUUAUUCUUCUUGAUUGCAUAUUUGUUUUUAAGAUUUAUUUACUUAGUAUAUCUAGAAAAUUUAAAAGAAGAAAAUGUAAUAAUUAUUUCUCGUGGCUUG